GAGGCGCUGAAUGACAGAUCUGCUCACUAAUUAGUGCCUCGUGCAACUCCUGGUUCCCAACCCUCUUAAAUUAUGAGUAAAAGAUGCCCAAAGUCUGUUCUUUGUAUAACUGCCUGCACAAGCCAACUCCCUAUUUUGCCACUAGCAAGAAGACACUGUUUUUUAAAAGGAGAUGCUGGUCCUGCCAUGUUGAAAUUAUCCCAUUUCUGAAAAAUGCAUGGGGAAAGGAUCCAGUUGUCGUUCUCUCUUUUGGCAUUGGUUUUAUGGCUUUGGUGGUACCGUGGGUCAGUCCCUUAACAAAAUACAGUUCCAUGAUGACCCAGGCUGUACCAUAUACAUAUCCAGUUCCAGUUCGGGAUGAUGGCAAUAUGCCAGAUAUUCCCUCCCACCCUUGUGACAAGGAAGGACCAAGUCUUGAAUGGCUAAAGAACUUCUGAGACGGGCCCUUGUGAUGAACAGGCCUAGAGAACCAACACUGAAGGGGCAACCCAGGCCUGCACUGUUCUCUGCUCUUUUGUGUACAUGUGUAACAUUUUCAGGAUAUAAUAAACUUGCUAACUUAAAAGCA